GACUGUUUCACGGUGGCCAUUUUGAUGAGGCAGGAAGCAGUCUUGUGAUAAGAGCAAAAAGAGGGCUAGCCGAGUCAGAAAAGGAGGUCUUGUAGCUGUUUGAAGUGACACCAUUUGUUUCAAGAAAGCUAACUAACAGAGACUCGCCAUGGGAGCGUUUGCAAGUUUGUUCAAGAGCCUUUUUGGUAAAAAAGAAAUGAGAAUAUUGAUGGUGGGUUUGGAUGCCGCUGGAAAGACGACUAUUCUGUACAAGCUUAAACUAGGAGAGAUUGUCACAACCAUCCCUACAAUUGGGUUCAACGUGGAGACAGUGGAGUACAAGAACAUCAGCUUCACAGUAUGGGACGUCGGCGGUCAGGACAAAAUCAGGCCCCUAUGGAGGCAUUAUUUCCAGAACACACAGGGACUUAUCUUUGUAGUGGACAGCAACGAUAGAGAACGUGUCGGAGAAGCACGGGAAGAGUUGAUGAGAAUGCUGAACGAAGACGAACUCAGAGAUGCCGUAUUAUUGGUCUUUGCCAACAAGCAGGAUCUGCCCAAUGCUAUGAACGCCGCUGAGAUCACUGAUAAGCUCGGUCUACAUAGCCUUCGUAACAGGAACUGGUACAUCCAGGCAACGUGCGCAACCAGUGGAGACGGCCUUUACGAAGGACUAGACUGGCUCUCGUCACAGCUCAAAAAUAGCCACAAGUGAAAAUGGAGUUCUCAUCUUAGCCACGUUACCUAUAGUACCAAAAAAAAAAGUUUUAAUAAAACAUUGUGCUAUUUCUUUUGGUGUUACGUUGUACAGUAGAUUAGAGGAGGGCUACUUUUGGAGCUCUCGCUGUGUAACUGUUGGAUUGUGCAUUGUAUGAAAUUUCUGUGCUAUUAAUUGUUGUGUGUACAAUGAA